GGGGAGGAGGAGCCACAGUUUGAGUACUGAAGUCAUUAUUGCUUGGAGUCUAUAAAAAGGCAGUUGCACAGUAAGUAAUUUAUACGCGAUCAGCUUUGACUCUAUGGAUUUGCUCAUUCCUUUCCCUCUAUUUUUUUUCCCCAUCUAUUCCCACCAAGGAAUCCCCAGCCCCAGAUGUUGGGAGAGGAGGGGGGCUGAAACUUCAGCUCUCUGGAGGAAAGGUUGCAGGCGAUGAAGAGGAAGAGCAGCUGAAGGAGCAGCUCUGAUAAAUAGGAUCUUUUAUCUUUUGGAAAAUGCAUUUAUCACACUCCUUGGCAAGCCCCUCAGAAGGAAUAGAAUCUGUUAGCUUCCAGACAUGAACACGUCCUCUCAAUUGUAUGUUUCUGAACUAAACUUGAGUGCCUUUGAUAGCAACUUUACUGGGCCUACUGUCAAGAGCAAGUCAUCGCCAUGUGAGCAAGUGGUCAUUGCAGCUGAGGUGUUCCUAACUCUGGGCAUCGUAAGCCUGCUUGAAAACAUCUUAGUUAUAUGUGCAAUAGUUAAGAACAAGAACUUGCAUUCACCAAUGUAUUUUUUUGUUUGCAGUUUAGCAGUGGCUGACAUGCUGGUUAGUGUGUCUAAUGCUUGGGAGACCAUAACGAUAUACUUAAUAAACAAUAGACACAUCAUUAUGGAAGAUGCCUUUGUCCGUCAUAUAGACAAUGUCUUUGAUUCAAUGAUUUGCAUAUCUGUGGUGGCUUCCAUGUGCAGUUUGCUGGCUAUAGCAGUAGACAGAUACAUCACUAUCUUCUAUGCCCUGCGUUAUCACAACAUCAUGACAGCGAAAAGAUCAGGGCUUAUUAUUGCAUGCAUCUGGACUUUUUGCACAGGCUGUGGCAUUAUCUUCAUUCUUUAUUAUGAAUCAACUUAUGUGGUCAUUUGUCUAAUCACUAUGUUUUUUACCAUGUUGUUCCUCAUGGUCUCACUGUACAUCCAUAUGUUCCUCCUGGCUCGUACUCAUGUGAAGAAAAUUGCUGCUUUACCUGGGUACAACUCUGUCCGUCAAAGAACCAGCAUGAAAGGAGCCAUCACUCUGACUAUGCUUCUUGGCAUCUUCAUUGUUUGCUGGGCUCCAUUCUUCCUUCAUCUCAUCCUGAUGAUCUCCUGCCCUCAAAACCUCUACUGUGUUUGCUUCAUGUCUCACUUCAAUAUGUACCUCAUCCUCAUUAUGUGCAAUUCAGUGAUCGAUCCCUUGAUCUAUGCCUUUCGUAGCCAGGAAAUGAGGAAGACCUUCAAAGAGAUAAUUUGUUGCUAUAGCCUGAGAAUGAUCUGUGGUUUAUCAGACAAGUAUUGAGAAAGCAAAACCAAACCAAGAAAGAGAAUAGAAAUGCAACAUCUUGCCACAUCUUAUAACUCUGCUGAAAUGCCUAUGGAACAUAGUUUCUCUGUUCAACUGUGAUGAUUUCUGCAGCAAUCAGAACCUAUUUUUUAACAUGUGAUUUUACAUUUCUUUCCCUCCACACACCUCUGUCAUGCUGAUGGUAGGAGCUACUCAGUGUGUCUGUAUAAUGGGGAAAAGAAUAUUUUGAAUCUCAUUUACUCUACCAAAGGCUGGGUUUUUUUAGGGGAUUAUACAGGGAAAGCCAUACUUUUCUUUCUGCUAAAUGCAAUGAGUGAGACCUGUCAUGUGAAUGAACCCAUCAUCCUUUCAAUAUGUGUUUCUUUUAAUAUUAUCUUUCUCUCUAGGAAAAAAAAAAUUGUCUCUCUAGGUAAAAAUAAGCCUGGCUUAUUUUGAUGUCCAGAAUCACC